AUGGUCGAGAUGUAUGAGUUGGGUGUCACCAUCCCCGUUUCCCAGGAAGCCCAGGAGCCCCAGAGGAGGGUGGACCGCCCCCCGCUACGGCAGGCCCAUGGGAAUGGAGGUGUGCCGGGGAGGCGGCCCCGGGGGCGGGCCGGGGCGGGGCCCGGCGGUGUAUACGGUCGCGCGCGCGGGCCCCUCGCCGUAGACAAUACGCCUCCCGGCUCGAGCCCUGCGGACGCCGCCGCCGCCGCCGCCGCAGCCGCCGACGCGAGAGAAGAAAUGUAUCAAGCAAGACCCCUCUCUAGGAACCUCUUUUUAUACACCUUCCUGCAAAACCAUGGCCCUGGCUUCCUGGACGACCAAGGAGCCGGCGUAACCAACAUCUUGGAUUUCCACCCUGUCUCCCCCAACAGCGACAGCCCCCACUACUUGGCCAUGCAGCUGGCCUCCAUUGCCGACGAGAUGGAGCUGAGGUUGCUGCUGCCGCAGUUCGUCGAGCCCAUCUGGAUGACCAUGUACAGCUUGUUUUUCCCCUAUAGCCACGUAGGACUGAGGGAUGUUCUUAGGAGUUUUAUGGUUGCUUUCACCAACCUCAGGGAGAACAGAAGACUCCGGAGCUUCCUGACCCUCAGGGACAGGGUGUCCCCCAGCCUGUGGCCCGAGCUGGCGCUGUCCCUGCUGGUGGUGGUGAUGCUCAGCUGGGGGUGA